UCUCAUUUUGUUAUUCAAGUAGAACUGCAUAAGCUUCCAUUGACCACCUAUCCCUAUGGGAAACUCGCCUGUGGUCGUUGCACUCUUCCUCGUCCUCCUCUGUCCUGGGCCAGCCGUCGAAGCUCAAACGGACUUCAUCGAUGAAACUAAUUUCUCUUUCGUAAAUCUGUCUGGAAGUGCAACAGUGAUCCCCGAUGUAGGUAUCCGCCUCACCGAUCAGGCAGAAUUCAUCAAGGGCAGAGCUUUAUAUUCAGAACCUGUGCGUAUGAAAGAUGGCGGGUCCGUGGAUGAAACAUUUUCAUUCAGCACUACCUUUGUAUUCUGCAUACUCCCCCCUUCAGAUCUUUCAAUGGCCGGAGAUGGAUUGGCCUUUAUCAUAACGCCUCGGGCAUCGCAAGACAAAGCUGCAACCGGUCAAUACCUUGGUCUGUUCGACAAGUUUACAAGCAUGGGACAGUCUUCCAAUCAUCUGUUUGCAGUAGAGUUUGACAUAGUAAAGAACGAAGAAUUCAAUGACAUUAAUGGCAAUCAUGUGGGGGUUGAUCUCAACUCUUUAAUCUCCAUAGAGUCUAAGUCUGCAGGUUAUUGGAUUGGCAAUCAGUUUUUAGAGCUGGAUCUCAAGAGUGGACAGAAUAUACAAGCUUGGAUUGACUAUGAUCAUCUUCAAAAGGAGCUCAAUGUAAGUGUAGCCCCUGCUGGUUCUCUUCGCCCAGAAAUUCCCCUGAUAUAUAUGGAGAAUCUGAGUUUGUCCAGCAUUCUUGAAGAAGAAAUGUAUGUUGGUUUCUCAGCAUCAACAGGAUUAACAAUUGCAGGCAAUUACAUCCUUGCCUGGAGCUUCUCUACAAAUGGAAAGGCACCUGCCCUGAAUACAUCUAUGCUGAAGCCUAUUUUACAGAGGAACCCCAAAUCCAACAAUUUGCCACUAAUAGUCGCAGUUAGUACCGGUUUGGGUGGUUUCCUAGUACUCGGGGUUGCAGCAGGAGCACUAAUGUGGUUUAAAAGAAAGAAACGCAGAGACCCAAUUGAAGAUUGGGAGGUGGAAUAUUGGCCUCAUAGAUUAAGCUACAGAGACUUAGCCAUUGCAACCAAGGGUUUCAGAGAGGAGCAAGUCAUAGGAUGUGGAGGAUUUGGCAAGGUUUACAGAGGAGUCCUUCCUAGUAAUGGUCUCGAAGUUGCUGUAAAAUGUCUCCUCCGAGAGAGCAGGGAAGGAGUGAAGGAAUUCUUAGCAGAGAUUUCAAGUCUCGGGCGUUUACAGCACCGGAAUCUUGUGCAAAUCAGGGGUUACUGCAGGCGAGAUAAAUGGCUUUUCAUAGUGUAUGAUUACAUGCCCAACGGAAGCUUGGACAAAUUGAUGUUUGAGAAUUCUGGAGGAGUGCUGGGAUGGGUUCAGAGGUACAUGAUUCUACGGGAUGUAGCUGCUGGACUGCUGUAUCUUCACCAAGGAUGGGAACAGAGAGUAGUGCACAGAGACAUCAAGUCCAGCAAUGUUUUGUUGGAUUCGGAGCUUCAUGGAAAAUUGGGGGAUUUUGGGCUUGCUCGUUUGUAUAAGCAUGAUGACAAUUACUUGAGCACUUGUGUGAUGGGAACGCCAGGGUACAUCGCACCAGAAGUAGCACACACCGGAAAGGCCACUCCCGAUUCCGAUUUGUUCAGCUUUGGGGUUUUAAUGUUGGAGGUUGCCUGCGGAAGGCGUCCUGUGACUCCCUUUCCUGAUGCCCCUCAAAUUGGUUUGUUGGACUGGCUGAGAGAGUUGCAGGACAACGAGAAGCUCAUGGAUGCAGCGGAUCCAAAGCUUAAUGGUGAAUACAUUGAGGAUGAAAUGGAGAGAGUGCUCCAUUUGGGAUUGCUCUGUUCCGAUCCUCAACCGAAAGCCAGACCGAACAUGAGGCAAGUGCUGCAAAUUCUUCAAGGGGAAGCAUCCCUCAUUUCACUUUCGCUUGACAUGUGUGAGCAAAGUCCAAUGACAGAGAGUUCAGACAAUUACAGUACAUAUGCCUACUGUUCCACUUCCUUGGAGGGACGUUAGGGCUGUAGCCACGGAUUGGGCGAACCGGGUGAUCUUUUCAGAGUUUUUUUUUUCAAUUUUACGGUGCAUUGCAUAUCUAGUACAUGUCUUCUCUCUUGUCUGUGCUGUUAGCUGUAUAAACAUUUUAGUCCCGGUAUGUGGGCACGAAGCGGAUUCAUCGAAUCUAUAUGAUGUCUGGAAAAGACCAUUCAGUCGGUUUAUGAAGUUAAUUUA